AUGGUCCCUCUUGUGUGCAUCUUUGCGUCUUUGGGGAAAUCGCAGUUGAGCCAGACAGACAAUCGGCCCAACAUCGAGGUAACUGGAUCUCCCACCGAAAACAUUACUGCCGAGGACUCCAGCCUUCACCUCAAAACUAGAAUGCAAGAAUGGCAGACUCAAGUCGAAAAAGCCCUCCAAUUCUUCGAGAAAAUGAAUCGUUGGUCAGCGGCAGCAAAGAAGUCUCGCGACGUCGUAUCACGACUCUACGAGGCCAGCAAAUUUCUGGCUAGCGAGGAAUACUUACACAAUUCUUCGACUCACAGUCACUCCAUCAACACACAUGCCCUCGAUUUUGAUGUCAGCAGCCAAGCUCAACAGCCGGUUUCAACCUCAGAUCCAACGACGAAUGACAUAUGGGGACUUUCUCCCAACCGAGCAGCAACGCUAAAUAAUUUCUGGUUUGACGAUAUGAUGUGGGAUGUCCCUGUCACCUUGGACACUGAUAUAUUCGAGAACACUGGAAAUGGGUUUGAAUUGGAUUGGUUGGCUGGGUUGAACGAUACGCAUAGUGGAAGUGAUGUGUGGCAAUUCCAGCAAUGA